AUGGACUUUGAAUCUUCCAACAAAAGAUCUAGGGAAGAAUUUGAAGGACCCAAUGAUAUUGGUCACAACUUUCAGCAGCCAAAAUCUCACUCCGACUUUGAUUCAAAAAGACAAAGAAUUGAUCCAGCUCAGGAAUUAAUAAAUAAUGUUUGUAAAGAUAUCAGAAGAUUAGGUGAAAAUCCAAGUGUUAGUACUCAAGUUGAAGAUGUUAAUUAUAUAUCCAAUCCAAUAGUGGCCGAAUUCGAAAAAAUUGAUAAUUUGAGAAACUCGAUUUUAUCUACACUUUAUGCAUUAAUCAUUGAACAACCACAUAAGAUUAAUGCAGUAGCAAAUUUAGUAUUUAUAUGUAAUUCAAAAAAUUUCGUAAUAGCCAAAUAUGUUGUGGAGUAUUUACACGGAAAAGUACAAUUAUUAUUAGACUCAAUUGGUGGAAAUGAUAAUGUUAUAAAAGAAAACGCUGGAGUUUUUAAUAAUAUCAAGAGUAUAUUGAAAUUUUUUGGUGCAAUAUCUCCUAUAAUUGAUGACUAUUCUACUAUCAAUAUUUUCAAACAAUUUUUACAAUUUUCUAUUGAUUUACAGCAGAAUUCAAAGAAGAGAAAUGGAAUAGCACAAGAAAUUUUUUAUAAUGUGUUAAUUGCAACACCUUAUUUAUUGAGUAAUGACAAAAGCGAAGAAUUACAUGGAUAUUUGAAUGAUUUAAUAGAGUUGGCAGAUCAGUUUGUUAUAAUUGAGCCUGAAACAAACAAAAUGCUUCAACCUUUUGACUCAAAAAUGGAUAAUUUGGAAAUUCCAUACCAGCCAAAAAAGAUGAUUGAUUUGAUACUACCAGCAUUGAAGAAGUUACAAAAAGAAGAUUGGCAAUUAAAUCUCUUUUUGGACUUUGAACCAUUUCUCGAACCAGUGAUAAAGAAUGCGUUAGAAACAAAUUCUAUCUCAAAAGAUUUGAUUAAACAUAAAUUACCACAAUUUUCAUUACCGACGAUAGAGAAAAUGAAUGACUACAAACCUAGAAAUGAGGAAAAUAUUGAUCGUUUAUGGCAACAAAAUGUAAGGGUUUUAUUUCAAGUUUAUAAUCAAAAUACCGAUUUCGAAACUGUACCACCUAUUGAGUCGUAUAUGGGUUUAUUUUUCAAAGACUUAUCAUUCGAUAUUUUAACUAAUUUGUCUUUCAAUAAAAAUGAAGCUUCAAUCCAAUUAUCCAUCUUGGAUUUAUUUUUUAAUAAAGAUUUGUUUGCACCAAUGGGUACUUCCAUUGAUCAAUUAUCAGUCAUUUAUGAAGAUAACAAAACAGGACAGAACAACCCAACAUUAUCUACUUGGAAAAUUGAGGAUAUAGCAGUUGAGAGUAUAUUAACAAUGAUUUUCCAAUUGCCAAGAACGCUACAUAGAGAAAUUUAUUAUUAUACAGUAUUGAUUGCAUGUUGUAAAGAAAGUCCUGAAUCGAUGGCCCCAGUUUUUGGAAGAGCUAUUAGAUAUUUUUAUAAUAAUUUACAAACUUUAGAUUAUGAAUUAAAAAUCAGAUUCUUGGAUUGGAUGACUACACAAAUUUCUAAUUUUGAGUUUAGUUGGAAAUGGGAUGAAUGGGUCAAAGAUUCACAAGAAUUCUCACAAUUAAAAUAUCAUCCAAAAAAGAAUUUUAUUAAAAACUUGAUAGCAAAAGAAAUCAGAUUAUCAAACAAAAGAAAAAUUAAAGAUAGUUUCGUGGAUGUAGUGGACGAUGAUGUAGUUAAUUUUGAUGAAUUUUAUCAAUACUUGGAUAUCUCCAUGUUCCCAAAUGUUAAAGAAUAUAUUAUUGAUUAUGAUUCAAAUCUAUACGGUAAUUCUCCAGAGAUUAGGGAGAAACUUUUAGAAAUUUAUGAUCAAAAACAGCUAGCUUUACAGCAGAAAAGCUUGGUCAGUUUUCAAGAAGAAUUAUUUUAUAAUUUCACAAAUCCAGAAUUACCUUUGAGUGAUGUUGGAUCUAAAGUAUAUGAAUUCAUUGUAUCUCAUCACAAAACAGAUAAAGAAUUUAACGAAUUGUUUAAUUCAAUAAUAGAAAAUAUCAACACUUUCAAUGAAAGUUCAUCGACUCAAAUACUGAAUCCUUUGAAAUUUGCCAUAAACUUAGUUUUCCAAACAUAUGCAUAUAUUGGUUCAAGAUCAAUUUAUUCAGAGGUAAGUAUUUUAAGUAGAGACGUGGAAAAAUUGAAAUUUUUAAGUGGUGCACCAUUAAGUAAUAAAUCUAAAGAAGAUUUUAUGGAUGUAGAUUUAUCAGAGAAUGAAAUCGCAGAUAGGCAAAAUUGGAUUAUUGAUUCUAUAUUUAGAAUUUGGAUUCAUCAACCUCAAGUAGUAUUUAUAAUUUUGGAAAAUUUAAUUGAAUUUGGAAUAAUAAAAUCAUCUUAUGUUAUAGCUAAGGCUUUCAAGUCGAAUCUUAUAAUUGAUAAUGUAUCAUGUAUGGAAUCAAUGAACAGAAUAUUGGAAAAUUCACAAUCAUCAUCUCCAUCUGAUAUAAAAGAUUUGAUUCAUCAAUUGUUUUCAAUAAUAGUCACAAAUUUGAACCAAUUAGAAUUGGGUGUAGACGAUGUGGUCAAAAUUGAUGAAUUAGAGGAAAGUAAUGCAGCAGAAGUGGAUAAACAAUGGUUGUUUUAUGAAUAUUUAGGUUUAUUGAAAACAUACUUUAGAAAAUUUAUAAAGAAUGAAAAUCUCGAUGAAAAAUAUUUGGAUGAUAUAAAAACAAUUUUCAAUGAUUUGGAAAAUAUUCCUACUAGGAUUGAUAUUUUGUCAUGGUUCAAUGAAAUUAGCUAG